AAAUUGAUCAUAAUAUAAUAAAUAUGAAAGCUAUUUAUAUUCUAGCUUUGUGUGUUACACUUGUGAUGGCAAAGCCAGCUGAUGAGAUUGUUAAAGAGUUACCUGAUAUGGGAAAAUUCGAUAGGUUUGAUAUGUACUCUGGAUAUCUUGAAAUUCCAAACAAGCAACGCAAACUCCACUAUGUCUUUGCUGAAUCCCAAAAUGAUCCAGCUACAGAUCCUCUUGUCAUCUGGUUCAACGGUGGACCUGGCUGCUCCAGCAUGCUUGGGUUCAUUCAAGAACAUGGCCCAUACUCAAUGCCAGAUGGUGAUCCAAACUUCUACGAAAACCCCAACUCCUGGAACAAAGAAGCCAACAUGUUGUACAUUGAGUCACCAGCCGGAGUCGGAUACUCAUACUUCUGGGACAGAGAGACCGACUCGUUCGACGAUCUGACAUCCUCCGAAGAUAACUAUGCAGCUCUGGAAGCCUUCUACGAGAAGUUCCCUGAGUACCUCGACCAUGACCUAUUCAUAUCCGGCGAAUCUUACGCUGGGAUUUAUGUGCCUUAUCUGGCCUGGCAGGUCAUUCAGAACGGUUUAAAGUACAAUUUGAAGGGAAUCAUUGUAGGAAACGGUGUUACCAACUACACUUAUGACACUGGCAAGGCUUAUGGAGGAACUGCCUUCUGGCAUAACCUCUACAGUCUUGAAAUGCUUGACGAAAUCAAAGAAAAUCACUGUACGUGGCUUAAUAUCGAUGGGGUUAAGCCUGGAAAAGAGAAUGAAGAAGCAUGCACUAAUCUCUACUAUAAGUUCCGUUCUCUUGUGAGUGAAAUUAAUAUCUAUGAUGUUUACAGAAAAUGUUAUACAGAUGAUGACAUAGAUAGGUUAGGAACAACUAUGAUUAACGGAGAGCUUAAAACUUACAAAAGAGGAAUGACUGCUAGAGAAUACACCCCAUUUGCUUUUGAUGAUGACCAUAUUGAUGAAUCUCUCAGACUCAACCCUCCAUGCGUCUAUGGUUCAGGACCAACUGAUUAUCUCAAUAGACAAGACGUUAGAGAUGCUCUUAAUGUCGAAACUGAUCAACCAUGGGAACUCUGUGUUGGAGCUGAAAGGAUCAACUACAGUAGAGGAGAAAAAGCAUCAUACUGGAUCUAUCCAACUCUCUUCGAGAACAAUAUCAGAGUAUUGCACUUCUCAGGAAAUGCAGAUGGUUCAGUUCCAACUCAAGGAACAAGAGACUGGAUUCACUCAUUAAACCUUCCAAAAGCUAGAGAUUUCGGACCAUUCUAUAUUGAAGACAAGCAAGUCGGAGGAUUUGUCGAGUACUUCGAAGGAAUUACUUUCGCUGCUAUAACUGGAAUUGGACAUAUGGCUGCUCAGUGGUCUCCAGUUGCCACCAAGCAUGUUGUAUAUCAAUUUAUCAAAGAUUUACCAAUAGAUGGUAAUGACAAUUAUGCUUCUGUGACCGCUUAAUUCUAAUUCUUCCUCUUAAGAUCUGAUGAACAUA